UUUCAAUCUUCUUUUCAUCGCCGCACCAAAACGAGUGAAAAAAGAUCGGCAUUUCAGCAUUCGGCAACACAUGCCCGGUUUAUUCCAAAAUUAAUUAGAAAUUUGAAGCAAUCGGCCGUGUCUUCGUUCGUAAAAGUAUUCAUCCUCACACAACAACCAUGGACAUGGAAUUGAAAAAGGCCUUCACCGAGAUGCAGGUGAACAAGAUUGAGUCCACGAAGAAAAUCCGCCUGCUGGACAUGAAGACGGAUAGUUUGAAGGUAUCGAAGCAGCGGGUGGAGCUGACCAACAAGGAAGUCUCGCAGCUGAACGCCGACACCAAAGUUUACGCGUCGGUUGGCCGAAUGUUCGUCCUGUCGGAUGUGCCCUCGCUGACGGACGAGAUGAAGACCAAGCAGAGCAACUUUGAGGAACUCAUUGGCCAGUGCGAGAAGAACAAGGAAUUUCUGCUGAAGAAUCUGAGGGAGCAGGAGGAAAGCCUCCGGGAGUUGGUGCAGCAGAAGCGGACCGAGUCGUCGACGGCCAAGGAGAACGGCACCGAUGCCAAGAAGGAGUAGAUUUAUAAGCAACGGGUUUAAAUUUUGUUCUUAAGGAUGCAUUUCGGAUCAUUAAAUUGCUUUGCGGUUUGUAAGCGCUUCGGCUGAGUCUGAUAUUGUUCAACAACACCUAAAUAAACUCACGAUUCUUCUGCUAA